AUGCCUCUGCAAGGCCUCGCCUACGCCGUGCGGACCGCCUACGGCGACACCUUCAAGCUGGCCGUCGCCAGCGGCGUCGCAAAGCCCCUGCUGCUCCCCUGGUGUCUGCUGGGCCCGUUUGUCGUGCCCGCGCUCUGGCUGGCCGUGCCGCACCGCCGCCGGACGUGGUUCUAUCGCACGCGGUGGCUGGCCAUGGCCCUCGUCGUCUGGUCCAACGUGUACCAUCUGCGGUACGUGUCGAGCGCCAACAUGGCGUGCGCGUAUGCGGCCGGGCUGGCGUCGACGUGGGGGACCAUCUUGAGCCUGAAUCUGCUCGUCUGGACGAGGCCGCAGUUUGACGCUGCGAGAGUGCGGAGGGUCAAGAAGGGGGAUGAUUUGGCGCGGGGGGGAAAGGGGGCUGCAAAUGGAGGAGACGGGAAUGGAAGUGCAACUGGCCUUCGGACGCGAAAGAUUCUCUUGAAGAGCUCCGAAAAGGAUUCCGCUCAACAGCAGGAGGGAUACGAGUACAUCUGGGAGCCGUAUCCUUCAGCCGGAGGGUUUCUAGAGCGCCUGGCAUGGACGACAGACUUGAUUCUCAGUUUCCGAGGAGCCGGCUGGAACUGGUCCGUCUCCUCCCUCCCUCGCCCCCAAAUCCCCCUCCAAAUCUCCCACGGCGACAAAGUCGACAUCGUCUCCAUCCCCAAAGUCAGCAGAAGCGGCUACAAGCGCCACCACACAACCAGCGAAUUCGUCCGCGACCGCCUCGCCAAGGUCGUCCUCCUCUACCUCGUCCUCGACUUCCUCUCCGUGUACAUGGUCAAGGACCCGUACUUUAUCCUCGGCCCCGAUCACAAGGGCUACAUGCUCCCGCCCCAUCUCCGCAACCUGCCCCCUUGGCUGCUCCUCGCCUACAGAGAGGCCUUUUGCCUCGCGGGCGUCUACUCCGCCAUCGAGGCCGUCUUUGCCGUCUCCGACCUGGUCCAGUACUGGCUCGCCAGCCGCUUCUACCCUUCUCGCGCCGCGCUCUUCCAGUUCGCCUCGACGUUUGGCUCCUUCGAGCAGGUCCUCGACCGCGGCCUCGCCGGCUGGUGGGGCGGCCUCUGGCAUCAGACGUUCCGCAUGCAGUUUUCCGCACCGGCGACGUACCUCGUCCGCGAGGGCUAUCUCAGGCGCGGCACCCCGCUGGCCUCUGUCGUGGCCGCCCUCGUCUCCUUUGCGCAGUCGGGCGUCCUGCAUGCCUCGGGGAGCUUGACGUCCGUGCCGCAGACGAGGCCCUGGAGGGCGCCGGCCUUCUUCUUCCUGCAGAUGGUGGGUGUCCUGCUUCAGGGGCUGGCGGCGUGGCUCUUGAGGGGGCAUGUGCGGGAGAUGCCGCGGGUGGUGCGUCGGGCUGGGAACUUGGCGUUUGCGUUGGUUUGGUUGUAUUCUACGGCGGGCCUCUUCAUGGACGAUCUGUCGUCGACGGGGCUGUGGACGGUCGAGCCCGUUCCUGUUUCCUUAUUUCGGUUCUUGGGGUUUGGAUUCGAGGGUGAUCAUUGGUGGCGUUGGGAUAGGGACCAUCUACCCAAGGUGCAUAUCGGAGAGACGUGGUGGCAGACUGGCAUUGCCUUGUAA